AUGGAUCCAGAUUCUGAGCAUGCGGCGAUUCCAACGCGCCUACCGGUGCUGAAAUUGCCUUACCCACUCGUACUGCACCCUGGCUUGGUAGUUAGCGUGCCGAUGCAUCAAGUUGAAUGUCUCGGCCUCCUGCGCACGGCCCUGCAAGAGCGAAAGAUGGCUAGCGAGCACGAACAGCAACAAGCGGAAGACGAUUUUGUGCGCAGCGCCAAGAAAAGCGGAAUCGAGCCGCCCAAGUUUGAUCGUAACGAGCUGACGCAGCUCCAAACGCAGCGGCCCGUCGUGGUCAACUGCGUUCCCCGCAUGCACCCUGGCUUCGAUGAAAUCCACGAAAGCAUGGAUACGAGCGGCAAGGAGCUGAUGCGCGAUUACUACACUUGGGGAUGUGCCGCACGCGUCUUGCGCCUCAUCAACUCGCCGACGUCGGACGAGUGCUGCCUGCUAGUGUCUGGCAUCAUGCGUGUCCAAAUUGGCGAUUCUUUGACGCCACACCCCAGCCCGCCUUCGGCACCUCACGUUCCUCCCAUACCGAUCACCAAUGUGCACCCGUUCCCUGACGAUUACCGCUCCACUGCAGCGAGUGCCGACUCGGACGCAGUGAUGCGGAUGCGUGGCGCUGCGCGAUUGCUCAUGUCUCAGCUUGGCACGGACACUGCGCCCAACGACACGCAGAUUAACUCCAUCGUCUCGCGCGUGCCGAUGCUGCCGCUAACGCUGGUUAAGCGUCUGAACGCGCUCAUGCGCGAUAUGGACCAGAUCAGUGCUGGAAUGCUUGCCGAUCUGUUGGUCGGUGCGCUCGGUGGCGCCUGCUCGUGGGAAGACCGCUUGCACCACCUUACUCUCCUCUCCACGGAAGCGCGUAUUGAGUUUACCGCUGCCAUGCUUGAGCGCGGCAUUGAGCGUGUGAAAAUCAUGCGCGAGAUGCUCGUCAAUGUCCCGUACGCGCUUUAUGAUCAGCACCGAUCUGCCUUGGCGCGCGGCCAGCUGGAAGUAAUUAUUUCGCAGCUCUCGCACAUCAACCCAUCGGUAGCGUCUUCCUUGCGCGUGCUCAAGACAGAUAACAAGAGCUGGGGCGACAAACGCAAUGUGAUCAUCCGCAUCCCGAACAUGAGCGAAAGCGGGCCUACCGUUCGCCGCACGCUGAACAAUAUGCCGAUCCGCGCACCGGAAAGGAAAGGAGAGGAUCCUGACGACGGCGAUGAUGACAGCACCGACGAACUCAAUGCGCUUGCCGAGCGCAUCAGCGUCGCCCAGCUCUCGUCAGAAGCGCGCAAAGUGUGCAACCAGGAGCUCAAGCGCUUACGCCGCAUGCCCCCUCAAAGCAUGGAGCGUGGUAUUUUGAUGAACUACCUUGAAACGAUGGUCGAUUUGCCUUGGGAGCGUGUUACGGCAGAUAUGGAUCCCGAGUCGAUCGAAUCGGUUGUGCCGAACUCGGCCGCGCCUACAAUUCCCGACGAGCCGCUUGUUCCGCGCGCGCGUCGCGUGCUGGAAGCGGAUCAUUUUGGCCUCGACAAGAUCAAGAAGCGCAUCCUUGAGUAUCUCGCCGUCCUCCAGCUCAAGCAAGUGCAGGCAAAAGAGGAGGCGCAAGGCAUGGAGCACGCACUGCACGCUGAGCGCAUCGCUGUGCAGUACAAAGGCCCCAUCCUCUUGUUGGUCGGCCCGCCCGGCACAGGCAAGACUUCGAUUGCCCGCUCGCUCGCCGCCGCCCUCAAUCGCCCAUUCACGCGCAUCUCCCUCGGCGGUGUGCGCGACGAGGCAGAGAUUCGAGGCCAUCGCCGCACCUAUGUAGGAGCACUGCCAGGCUCCAUUGUCAGCGCGCUGCGCCGCGCCAAGACGAGCGACUGUGUGAUGCUAUUGGACGAAGUCGACAAGCUCGCGAGCGGAAAUGCACUGCAUGGCGACCCGACCGCCGCCCUGCUCGAAGUGCUCGACCCCGAGCAGAACCACGCGUUCAAAGAUCACUACAUCAAUGUACCUAUUGACUUGAGCCGUGUACUUUUUAUUGCCACGGCCAACACACUCGACACUAUUCCCGAGCCGCUUCUGGACAGGACCGAUGUCGUGUCCGUCCCGGGCUACACGUACGACGAAAAGGUAUCCAUUGCGCGCCGCCAUAUCCUCCCGAAGCAAAUCGAAGCACAAGGACUGCAGCCCUCGCAGCUUGUCAUGGAUGACGAUGUGCUGCUUAAAAUUGCCACCUCAUAUACACGCGAGGCUGGUGUUCGCUCUAUGGAGCGCAGGAUCGGCGACGUGGUCCGUUCCAAAGCCGUGGAAUACGCCGAGCACCGCAACGUUGGCAAAAACGAGUCUGCGAGAGCCAAGCCUUACGACCCCGUCGUACACGUCGAAGAUUUGCAGCAUAUUCUUGGCCUCGAGACCUACGAGCCAGAAAUCGCGGACUUGGACGGCAUCCCCGGCGUGGCGGCUGGCAUGGCGUAUCAGGGCUCGGGGAACGGCGGCAUUCUGCACAUAGAGUGUGCUUUUAUGCCCCCUGGCACCGCGGCGCUGCGCCUUACUGGCUCUUUGGGCGACGUGAUCCGCGAAUCGGCAGAGCUUGCCUUCUCCUGGGUCAAAUCGCACGCCUUUGCGCUCGGCAUCACCGCGAGCCGCGAAUCCGCGUUUCCAAAAAACGACGUGCAUUUGCACAUUCCCUCGGGCGCAACGCCCAAAGACGGUCCGAGCGCAGGCGUUGCCAUGACCUGCGCGCUCGUCAGCCUGUACCUGCGUGUUCCUUUGGACCCACGUCUCGCCAUGACAGGCGAGAUUACGCUGCGUGGAUUUGUGACGCCCGUGGGAGGCAUCAAGGAAAAGCUGCUGGGCGCACACCGCGCGGGCAUUCAGAAAAUCAUACUUCCAAAGCGCAACCGCAAAGAGUUUCAUCAGGACUUGCCUGCGAAUGUGCGCGACCAAAUAAAGACUGUAUUUGUGAGCACGAUUCAGGAGGCACUCGUCGCUGCGUUUGGCGUGAGCCUCGAGGAGCAGAUUGAUGUGCUGUACGGCGACAGCGAAGGCCGUCGUCGUCUUCAAGAGCUUGCGUGGCACAGCCGUUUGUAG